AUGCCCGAGACGCAGAAUGUUCCUCAUGCUGGAGCGAGAGAAGACAUCUUCUGGAAGCCGUUUGUGCCUUCACUCUAUGUGGGAGCCGCCGCUGGAGCUUGUGGUGCAGCAUAUGGGAGCAUCGCCGGAACCCUCAUCCAGACUUCGAGUCCGUUGGCAUACACUUCUUUAGCAGCUACCCAAUGGUUCACUGCAGGGACUACCUUCUUCUACUGCCGAAGUCUCUUGCUCUCGGGCCCAUUUUCGAAGGAUAAAAGCCUGCACAAGGUGGCCGCCAGUGGUAUUGCAGGAUCAUGUUCCGGAGCCGUAGCUGCGACCUUCCUGCCUCGAGGAAGUGUGGUGACAGGGAGCAUCAUGCUCGGUGUCAUUGCUGCCGUGUCUCAAACCGGGCUCAAUGCCAUGCAAGGCUCCGUGCCCUUUUCCGGGGUGGCUUCCGGCUUCAGAAAGAAGAUGGCUGCAUUGAGUCCAAUGAAGUCCCUUUCCGAUCAAGAGUAUGAGGAAUUGCUCCUUGACAAGCUGCUGAAAGUCGACGUGGAAAUUGCCAUUCUGGACGAUCAAAUAGCCGAACUUCGAGCAGCAAAGUUGCAGCACUCGCCGAACCAGCAAGGCCCACUCAGAGACGGUCCGAGCUGA